AUGCACUCUCCCAAGAAAAAAAAAACCUCUCUAGCAAUGCACACUAGACUGUGCAUGCGGCUACAGGUUCAGUCUAUUUUAUCAGGAGAUACGAUGUGGACAUUUGAACAAGAGUAGGAGCAAAGAAAUCAGGAUCAAACAGCCUUUUUACACAAUGCAGAGCAUUAACCCCUUAGGUUCCACAGUGAGUAUAACAAGCAUGCUUUACUGCCAGAGGCGGACUGACAACUCAUGGGGCCCCCGGGCAAUAGGGGAUCAUGGGGCCCCUGUGUCCUUGCCCAAACUCAAAAAAGCCUAU